GCAAAGAUAUCUACUGCUCAGCUUUUUAACGCUGUGAUCGCGAACGACUUUGUGUAUUUAACGAGUUGAAACAAGUCUCGAGCGUUUUUAACAUUUUGACUUUUCUCUGCUGUGGAAAACGCGGGGAGUUUUUUUUAUGAAUCGUGGACUUGGAAAGUCAUUGUUUGAGGCAGUAGCACAUUUGUGUGAAAUAGCGGCUCCAAAAAGAAACCAUAUCUGGUCAAAGUAUUCAGCUGUCACAUGCUCUAUAUAUAGUCUUGGAUACGCGCUGACUGAAGAGAUGGAGAAGUACCGGGACGUGGAUGAGGAUGAGUUACUGCAGGAACUCAGUGAGGAAGAGCUCAGGAGACUUGAAGAAGAACUUGAAGAGCUCGAUCCUGAUAAUGCCCUGUUGCCAGCAGGAUUCAGACAGAGGGAUCACACCAAGAAAGCUCCAACUGGAACGUUCCAGAGAGAUAACCUGAUAGCUCACCUUGAGAAACAGGCGAAGGAACAUCCAGACCAGGAUGAUCUUGUUCCCUACACUGGUGAGAAGAGAGGAAAGGUUUGGGUACCGAAAACAAAAGUUGUUGAUCCUAUCCUGGAAGACGUCACUCUGGAGCCUGAACUAGAGGAGGCAUUAUCUAGUGCCUCUGACGCAGAACUGUGCGAUAUAGCUGCUAUUUUGGGCAUGCACACACUGAUGAGUAAUCAACAGUAUUACGAAGCAUUGGCCAGCAGUACUAUCGUCAACAAACAGGGCUUAAACAGUGUAAUCCAGUGUACUCAGUAUAAGGCAGUGCCAGAUGAGCAACCCAAUGACACAGAUGUAGAACAAACACUGCAAAGGAUCAAGAGCAAUGAUCCUGAUCUGCUGGAAGUUAACCUAAACAACAUCAAGAAUAUUCCAAUCCCAACUUUUAAAGCAUAUGCUGAAGCGCUUAAGGAGAACAGAGUCGUGGAACGCUUGAGCAUCGUCGGCACCAGAAGUAACGAUCCUGUAGCCUAUGCUCUAGCAGACAUGCUGAAAGUGAACACCACUCUGAAGAGUCUAAAUGUGGAGUCAAACUUCAUUACUGGAGCUGGAAUUCUGGCACUCGUGGAAUCCUUAAAGAGCAACACUACACUACAGGAACUCAAGAUCGACAACCAGAGUCAGCCUCUGGGUAAUAAGGUGGAAAUGGAGAUAGCUAACAUUUUGGAGAAGAACACUACUAUGCUCAAGUUUGGGUACCACUUCACACAGCAGGGCCCACGUUUGAGAGGGUCUAAUGCUAUGAUGAACAACAACGACCUUGCGCGUUUAGUUCGGUCGGACACAGAUGGUGCAAUCACGUUCACUCUGUCAGUCCCUGAGUUGGAAAGAGCCUUCUGUAAAAAGUUCAAGUUUUCAUCAAAACCCAAUAAGAAAGAGAAGGCUUGAAGAAGGCCCCAUCUUCCCCAAAUGUCGGACAAACGUUUAGCAGCAGCGGGAAUCCUCUAUGUCCUGGAACCUGCACCAGCAUACAUCACAUCUCAUCCCAUAUCCUCCCUUCAGUUCUUUCUCUCUAUCGUUGAUAACUUAAGCCUGAUUCACACCAUAUGAUUUUGGCCACGAUUUUGUUGACAUUUUCAAAUUUCAUGGAUUGUAAAAGAUUUCUCUUGUCUUAGGGUAAAAUUGGCUUUGAUUGUUUGGUGUAACAUGUUCACCGACCUCCGAUUAAUUGCCUUUGCGAUGAAUAUGAGCCUCGAAGGAUGGUCUGACAGCAUCAGAAGUUUUGUGGCAUGGCUUUUACCCAAGAUCACACUGGGAUCAUAUUGUAGAGUCAAACAACCAACUAUCGUUAAUGAUCGUAAAGUGUUUAUACAGUGUGCACUCUGCACUUUUUAUAGUUUAACAUAUAAAUAAAAUGUUCGGAAUUCAAUUCGGAAUGUGAAUUAUUUUCAAAACUCCAGAUCUGGUAACGUCAAGGUGCCACCCUCUGUUUAACACUCACUUGGUUACUCAUAGCAGAGUGUUUUAAAAGUUGUUUAAACUUACUGCCAUAACAUUAGCAGGGACGAAUCAUCUACUUGAGUUGAUGAAAGCAGUAAAGAUGAAAAUGAGGCUCAAUGUUCUCUGCUGACUGUUUUUACUGUAAACAGUUUGGCCUUUAAGUCAGCCGUUUUGCUGUGUUUGGAAGUCUUUGUUUUUAGUUUUACAGUAUUGUUAACCUAAGGUCUUAGGUGCUCUAUCCACACCAAAAACAUAAAGUUAAAACUUGAAUGAUCGUGGCUGUGGUUUUGCAUUAUCCGGGCCAAUUUGAAUGUCACAGUAUUUGCAGGUCUCUCUCUCUCUCUCUCUACACACACACACACACACACACACACACACACACACACACACACAAUCUUAGCAUGUUAUUAACGUGUGAUUUUCUUUUUUGGGGAUAUGCUGUAAGUUUGUUCUAUUUUGUAAAUGUGUUCUUUAAAACUGGUCAAUUUUAGGUUUUAUUAAAUUGUUUGUCACAUUUAUACGUCACCUUAUACCAGUGCAAACUCAUCGCACCAUGUAUUUUCAUCACUCUGAUAUAUUUAUGUGGUUAUUUAUUAUAGUGCAUUUUAUGUUUCUUGUUUGAGAAGGGAGAAGAAAAAUAUGCUGAGGACAAGCUUUAUUUCAUUAUGCGCAAUUACAAAUAAUGUGCAACUAAAUAAUGUGUUUUGCCAGUGCCUGUUCGUUAAGCUAGUCUACCAACAAUAACAUGCUGGUCUAUGCAGUGGUUUAGCAGGGUGUAUGUGUGUGUAUAUGUGUGUUCAGCUCCAUUUGUUACUCUACCAACACAACCACCGCAGUAACAGAGAAUGUUGUAUUAAUGGAAACAUUUUCCUGUUCUGUUUACAUAAAGAACAACUUCAAGGGUAGCGGCUUGUCCGAACCAAAAAGGGAUUUUUAACUGAGAUUCAUGGUUAAUUGUGUAACUGUGUCCAAGAGUAGACUAGUAUAGUUCAGUGUCUUGGAAACAGGUCCAUAAUCAUCACCAUAUAGUGCCUGGGCUGGUGCGCAUAUGUACAUUUUGAUAGUGCACCUUUGUCUGUUUUACUGAGGUAAUAAAGAUUUUAAAAGUUGUGUGGAAUUA